AAUGCUAUAAUGGUAUUUGAAAAGUGUAAAGAAUUAUUAGGUCUUAAUAAUAUAUUAGCAAAAACUCUACUAUUUCAUCUGGAAUAUUUACUGAAUAAAAAUAAUUCUACAGAAUUAAAUAAUAUAUUAACAAAAAUUAAUCAAAUUUCUAAUAUUAAAGAUAGUGAAUUACUACUUUUUGUUAGAUGCAAAGUAUAUAUAGAAUUAAAAAUGUAUCAUGAAGCAAUGUUAGACUUGAACUUGUUAUAUGAUAAAAAUAAUUAUUAUUAUUAUAAAUAUAUUUCAUAUAUUUCAUAUAUUUAUUUAUUACGAGAAUACACAGAUUUUUGGUUAUAUUUAAAUGUUAAUAACAAUAAUUUUUCUGAACUUGGAAUUGUUAAUGGAUUUAAUAAAUACAUGUAUGAAAAACCAAAAGUCUAUUUUAUAUCAAAUCUGGUAAAUUUAAAUAGUGAACUUCAUCAACUUCAAGAAAAUGGCAUAAAUAGUUUAUCAGAAAAGAUAUUAAGUUCAAAAAAUAAAGAGCUUCAUUUAAAUUUGCCCAUGCUAUAUCUUCAGCAGGGGUAUACUGGAAUUAUUUGGAAAAUAAAUGUUAAUGAAAUACUAAAUAAAGAUUGUUUUAUAAAAUUUAUAAUUAAAAGCACUAAUUUUGAACAGUAUAAAAAUUCUGAACUAAAACAUUAUGAACACAUGUUAAAAUAUGAAGAUGUGUUAAAACUUGUGGGAUUAGGUUGGAUUGAAUAUCAACUUCCAACAAAUGUAGGUGAACUUUACGUACAACCUUCAAUUGAAAUAAAUGGUUCUAUUAAUAUGCAAAUAGAUUAUGCUCGACAUGGGUGUAAUGAAGAAGAGAUAACUUAUAUUCCUAACAUAGGUGAUUUAUUACCAAAUUUUUACAAAAUUUGUCCAAAUGUUCCAGAAACUUUUAAAAAUAAAUGUUUUUCAAGAAAAGAAAUGGAAAACUUGCUUGAACUGAAAGAUAUAAUUAACCACCUAUGACUGUUUUUUUUUUAAAUUAAUACUGUUUCAUUUUUUUU